GUGUCAGCAGAAGUCCUUCCCCCGGACUCUACCUUCUGCCAGCGUUGUGAUCUGUUUCUUCAACGAGGCGUUCUCCGCCCUGCUCAGAACAAUCCACAGCGUUCUGGACCGAAGCCCGGCCUACCUGCUGCACGAGAUCAUCCUGGUGGACGACCACAGCGAGCUCGAGGAGCUGAAGGACGACCUGGACAGGUACGUGAGGGCGGAGCUGCAGCCUAAGGUCCACCUGGUGCGGAACCAGAGGAGGGAAGGACUCAUCAGAGGACGUAUGAUAGGAGCCUCCCACGCCACAGGUGAAGUCCUGGUCUUCCUGGACAGCCACUGUGAGGUGAACCAGGCGUGGCUGCAGCCCCUGCUGGCUCCGAUCCAGAGGGACCAGCGCACCGUGGUCUGCCCCGUCAUCGACAUCAUCUCCGCCGACACCCUCACCUACUCUCCCUCCCCCAUCGUCAGGGGGGGCUUCAAUUGGGGGCUCCACUUCAAAUGGGACCCGGUCCCCCCGUCAGAACUCAGCGGGCCUGAGGGGACCUCUGGACCCAUCAGGUCUCCCACCAUGGCCGGCGGUCUGUUUGCGAUGAACAGGAAGUAUUUUAACGAACUCGGACAAUACGACGCUGGAAUGGACAUCUGGGGCGGAGAGAACCUGGAGAUCUCCUUCAGGGUGAGGCUGUGUUUUACAGACUGCCAGUGA